AGCAAGGAGAUAAAUUCAGGACUCAGUGUACAGAUUAGUGGCAGAGUCCAAUUGGAGUUUUUUCGUGAGAAAAAAGCUAGCGAAGACAGACAAAUGUGGUGGUUAGAAACUAAAAUAUUUGCUUUUUCUUUUCUCUUUCUGCUGAGGCGCGCUCGAAUGUUGAGGCUCCCCCAGCAGCAGAAAAAUCCCGCUGAGUUUCCCCGGCGACCUUGCAGGGGGUCUGCGGAGAGACGACGGCUUCAUCCGCACGCUUAAUCGAACGACCACGAAGCAAUCAGAAUUUGAAAAAAAGGCUAUAAAAAUAUUAAUAAACCAUUAAUCCAGAAUAAUAACUCCGUCAAUCCUUUUCAGAACCUUCUUUUAUCCCCAGGUUACUCAGUUGUCGAUUGCUCUUCCUCUUUGUCACACCUCACUACUGCCUUCUGCCUGGUUCCUGGCCCUGGACGAGCCCGCAUUGUUUCGAGAACUUGGUCCGUUCGGAAAUCUUACGAUAAUACAAGCAGCUUAUCUUACUUGAGCUACGCCGCUUUCCACCACUUACACCACCAAUUCGACUAGUUGGGAUAUUUUUAAGAUCUUCCAGGCAGAACCACCUACCUCAACAACCUCAACAGGUGCAACGUUGGGAUUGGGGCCCAAGUGCCACCCCAAUAUAUGGCUGAUCAUGAAGACAUCCCCCAUUGCUCCUAGAUCUCGACUGGUACGGAUUGUUCAAAGGGUAUAGGAAGUAUUGUCAUAGAAUCUACAGGACAGAAAAUUUCAGCUGUCCUCUAAGUUUCAAUUACGCAUAUACGCUCAAUAUUCACGACAUUUGCAUGCACUUCGCGAUCUGACUUUACUUUUUUCGCCGCAAGAAUGGACGGACCCCCGCCGCCUCCCCCACCUCAUGGGACUCCCCCAGGAGGUAGGCCACCUCCCAAUGCAAACGGCGGAUACCGCAAAUCGACAGACCUUCCGGAAGGGCCAUAUGAUAUUUUCAUUGUUCCUCCCCAUUCAUCAGGCUCUGGCUUCAUAUACCUACCCUCCCUGCAAUGCCACAGAAACAGCUUUCUGGCAGGAGUUGCGGCCACUUUGGUUGGAGUUGCAGUAUACGUGUGGGUGGUGCCACUUAUGAAAACUUGGGUUUCAACCGUUGCUCAAAGUGGUGACACAAGCGUCUUUUUGAUUGUUAUAGUGGUUGGAGUUGCUAGUUGGGCAUGGGGAAGGUCACAGAUACAUCUCAGCGGAACACCCCCACCGCCCCCACGAGGUAGCCCUAGGUCUCCUCCCUCUCCUCCUCCCCCAGGGGGAGGAGGAGGUCCCCGAGGUCCACAGCACGAACCGCCUCCCUCAUCAGGCCCUAAUCAUAACUCCGGGGGAGGACCCCACUAUCAAAACUUCAAUAGUCAGUACCCAGGGGGAGGCUAUGGGAAUGGCCCUAACCCUGGUGGACAAUACAACGGUGGCCCGUUCCCCGGGAGCCAGUAUCCUGGAGGCCAUCGAUAUACACAAGGAGAGGGAACUCCGGGAUCUAGCGAAUCCCCUCCACCACCUCAACCUCCCCCACCGCCCCAAUCCCCUCCAGACCCACCACCAGCCACACCGCCCAAGCAGCCUCAGAAUGACACUCCCAAACCGAAAGACACAGACUGGGAGAAAGCGAGGGAAGAAACAAAGCGAAAAGAAGACAUAAGACGGAAGAUGGAGGAGUUCCGGAAGAAGAGAGAGGAGGAGGAGAAGGAGAAACAAAGACAACGAGAGAAGGAGGCACGAGAAAGGGAAUUCCGUGAGAGGAAGGAGAAGAGAGAAAAGGAACGGCUUGCUAAGGAAGCUGAGGAAAAGGAGGCUGCAGAGAAAGCUGCCAAAGAAAAAGCAAGGCAAGAAGCUGCUGCUCGGUUCGCCGCUGCUCGAGAGGCGGCUGCUGCCAAGAGAGCUGCAGACAAGGCAGCCGCGGAAAAACUUGCAGCUGAGAAGCUCGCAGCUGAGAAACUUGCGGAAAAACUUGCGGCAGCGAAGUUGAUGGCGGAAAAGUUGGCAGCGGAGAAAUUGGCAGCGGAGAAACUGGCAGCGGAGAAGCUAGCAGCAGAGAAACGAGCAGAAUCGGUAAAGCAGGCACCAUCCCCAAAAACUCCCCCAAGAACGCCUUCUCCGCAGAAAAAACCGCCGCCAUUCCCAUCUGCUAGAACUGAACUUGACGACGACGCAUACUCAUUUCGUCCCUACGAUCGACCCAAGAAACAACCAUCCGCACCCUCGGUAUUCUCAGAGUCAUCAUAUGCACCGUCGCAAUCGACAGCACGAACAACUCCACCCCCCUCUCGACGAGGACCAUAUUCCACCAAAGACCCCGAUAAGAUCAUUAUUUCUGGUGUGUAUGUAUUCAACAACACUUUUAUGAGGACACCCGUUGGACAACUGGUGUCCGGGAAGGGACACGUGACCGAUGGUUUAAUCCUGCGCAUCACGACUGAAGGAAUGUUCGUAGACGAUGAUAUUAGAGGCGUAGCCCAACGCGAAUGGGACAUCAAGGCAUGGACAAUGAAGCUUGUAGAGAGCGCGGAAUUGCGUGGCUUCCACGUCGUUCGUGCAAGCCUCAGAGACCAGGAAGGCAAGAAAUAUGUCUUCGUCUUGCAGGAGACUGAGGCUUGGAAAGUAGCAAUCGGGCUGCAGCGUUUGAAGAAAGGGAGUCAAGUUAGGGCAUUGGGUGUGUGUGGCUUGCCUGCUAACGAGACCAAUGCUGUUCUUGAGAGUCUGGGGUAUAUCGCAAAUUGAUGGUGAUGGUAGUUUUCCAACUGCCCUUCAGGUCAGCGAUCAGAUAACCUCCAGUCGCCACAUCCCUGAAUUCUUGUGUUUGUCACCCUGCGGCUUGUUCAAUUCUUGUGUCUAUUUCCUGUUGUUUUCGAUGAUUUUCUUUCUUCCUUGUUUCAGCCCUUCGCCAGGCACAUCCAUAAUAUGCAUCUUCUCAGGUCAUUUUAGCGAUGGAGUUUAGAGUGCAUAUAUCAUUCAUUCGCUCAGUCAUCCUUUUGUCCUCUGGCGCGCAUUCUCUUUAGAAGACUCCCCUGCUGCAAUAGCCCUUUCCAUGUUUUUAAAGUUACCUGGCGUUUGAUGAUUACCAUUCUCCUCACCACCUAGUCGUCGGUCUUACCUUCCUUUAUCUGUCUUUAAGCGUCCCCAGUUCUGUUUUUGUUUUUUUGUUUUUUUGUUUUUUUGUUUUUUGUUUUUUGUUUUUUUUUUGGUUUUUGGCAUGGAACUCGUUUUUGCCGCCCCGUACAUCUAUGACCUCGAGUUAUGUGUGAACGCAUGUUGCCAUAGACUAAUUUGGUCUGGACAUCAUACGCUGGUGUGUACAGUGCACAUAAUUUUGGAAAUAUUCUAGUUAAUACCUUUGGGAAAUAUUUUUUUUGAUAUUUAUAGUUUUUUAGUCGCACCUAGCUCAUUGACUUCUUUUCUUUUCCUUGACCGUCAAUUAGUCCCCCGCUGGGCUAUAGCAACACGAUUUCUAAUUAUUCCACCCCCAGGAAGCUGAUGCGGAGGAUUCGGUCUUGCCGCGUAACCAUGAAUUUAUUUCGAGGUAUGAUAGCGGAAUCAUUCGGCAGGCGGCGCUAGGACGCCAGCCCAGAUUUUCUGCAACAUUUCAGCCACAAACCUUCCAAAAUGAACACAAACCAGCGCAUCUUCAAACAACCAGAUCCGUGAACAAAUAGGACUGGAACUCGCGUCCAAUCAAUGGCACAUGGAUCGAUACACAGUUGCUUAUUAUGAGCUGUCUGCAUUCUCUAAUCCGGAACCCCUCUUUUCAAGAUGCAGAUUCCAGCCCCCCGCUCAGCAAGCCAUUUCCGUAAAAAAAAAAAAAAAAAAA